AUGUCUGAAGUUGACUACGCUCCGGCCUUUGCGCCAUUCUUUGGAUUUGCCGGGUGUGCGGCUGCGCUCACGCUGAGCUGCGCCGGUGCGGGCAUUGGCACGGCAAAGAGCGGUAUUGGAAUCGCAGGUAUCGGCACGUUCAAGCCCGAGCUUAUCAUGAAAUCACUUAUCCCAGUCAUUAUGUCGGGUAUUCUGGCCGUUUACGGAUUGGUCGUCGCCGUUCUGAUUGCCGGUGGCCUGAACCCCAGCAAGCCAUAUACUCUUUUCAAUGGAUUCAUGCAUUUGGCCUGUGGCCUGUGCGUGGGCUUUGCGUCGCUGGCGGCUGGCUACUGCAUUGGCAUUGUGGGUGAUGAAGGCGUCCGCAAGCUAAUGCUCGAAGCCCGGCUGUUUGUUGGCGUGGUCCUGAUUCUGAUUUUCGCAGAAGUCCUGGGUCUCUACGGCAUGAUUAUCUCGCUUAUUCUCAACACACGGGGUAGUGGCUGA